UGAGACGUCCUUUAUAUAGGAUAUGUCGAACCUCCCUGGCUAACCCUAGAUCUCCUUUAAUUGCCUCUCUGGGUACCCAGUCUCUUAUACGUCUUGUCCACCCCGUCCUUCACUAAGUCACCAUGAGUAUCUUUGAGGAUGGCCCCGAAUACAAGAAGCGACUAGAGACCGAGUAUGCCUUGCCGAAGGUCACUCUGAAAGACAUACACGCCGCUAUUCCAAAGCACUUGUGGAAGAAGAGCAUCCUUAAAGGCAUUGCAUGGACUCUGCGUGAUGUCGCACUUUGCACGGCCUUCUACCAGGCUGCCAAGUUCAUAGACCCUAUCGCGGAAUCUUUGUCUGCGCAGAACUACAACGCUGCUCUUGUCUUCACCAUUAAAUGGGGCCUUUGGUCCACAUACUGGUGGUUCCAGGGCUUAACAGGCGGUGCUCUCUUCUGUAUCGGUCAUGAUGCUGGGCACGGCACACUUUCUGAUUACCAAAUCGCCAAUCACACGAUCGGUUUCAUUGUCCACACCUUCAUUUUAACCCCUUAUUGGUCGUGGAGGCACUCUCACCACCUUCAUCACAAAUCCACUGGAUCAAUGGAGCGCGAUGAAAACUAUGUACCCAAGACCCGCUCAGAGCUCAAGAUGGCGGAUGAGAAGACGAUGAAGCGCAAGGACUAUGCCGAGAUUUUCGAGGAGACUCCUCUGUGGACCUUGACACGGAUGGUCAUCAUGCAAACCAUCGGCUGGAACUUAUACCUCACCUACAACACCCUCGGCUCUCCCUCCGAUCGUGUCCCCAUCAUCUUUACCAACGUAUUGCUCGCCACUUGGGCCUCCUUCCUCGCCCUUUGGACAUACAACACCUCGGUUUCCACCUUUGUGAAGUACUACUUCAUUCCAUAUAUCUGGACUAACCAUUGGAUCGUCAUGUUCACCUACCUUCACCACACCGAUCCCACAAUGCCCCACUUCCGCAGGGACACCUGGACUUUCCUGCGCGGUGCGGCCACGACGAUCGAUCGUCCCCUUAUGGGAUGGCAGGGACGUUUCUUCUUGCACAACAUCUCGCAUGACCACGUCGCACAUCAUUUCUUCAGCAGCAUUCCUUUCUGGAACGGCCCCGAGCUUACGAAGCAUGUCCGAAAGGCUCUUGGUGACGAUUAUAACAGUGAUUCGACUAACACCUGGAGGGCUUUGUACCGUAGCUUUGUCAACUGCGAGUUCGUCGAAGAUGAAGGCGACAUUAUCAUGUGGAAGAACCGCCAAGGCGAGCAGCUUCGUAGGGUUGCGGCUGAUCCCACUGGUGCCUCCGACGAGUAGAAAUUUCCGCGCGUCUGUAUGAUUUAUUCCCAUCGCAUAACUCACGUCGUAUCGCACAAAAUCGGAACUC